AUGACAAUAAAUGACGCAUGCCUCUAUGACAGUUUGGACCAACCAAUCACGUACGAGAUAAGUGUAGACGAUGACACAGGAGGCGUGUUCAUUAGAGUGCCAAAAUAUUACGUCAAAGAUUUUGAAUGUGGCGAAGCACUGGGGAUGCAGAGCGCACUUAUUUUCUUCACACAAAUCACCGCCUCCUCCGCGUAUGAAUACUACCAGCCGCACUACGCACGUCUGCACAACCAGCCCACCAAUAACGACACCACGGGCGUGUUCGCGCAGGGGAACUGGAAGGCAAAGAUUACUGAUGCGAACCAAUGGCUGCAGGUAUCAUUUCUUCAAGAGACAAUCGUCAGCGGAGUGAUCCUACAAGGGAGUGCGAACGAGGCGGCGUGGGUACAGACGUACUACCUGACGUACCUGAGUAGCGGUAACGACACGUGGAACACGUAUACGGAAGGAGGGGUACGACGGGAAUUCACAGGAAAUGCAGAUUCUUCUUCAACCGUGCAACAAGAUCUUGCUGACCCUAUCACAGUAACUGACAUCCGGAUCCAUCCGCUGACGUGGCAAGGUAGUAUCAGCAUGAGGAUGGAACUGAUAGGGUGUACUGUGGAACUGCAGUAUAUACGUAACACCCGCUGUGAGCGCUGCCCCACUACCUACUACUGCCUGGGUGACGGGGUGGCCAGGCCGUGCGGGAGGUGUGACCCUCCCUCCCCGACCUGUGACCGUUCCCCUACCGAACACUCAUUCGGCGGCGCCUCGGAGUGUAGUCCGUGUCCCCCCGGUAGGAUUUGUCAAGAGGGCUAUGCCUUCAACUGUUCCAGGUACCAGUAUGCAGACCCGUGUAACGAAACGUACUGCCCUCCAAGCUGCACAGACUGUGAAACCGGGUACGCUUGUCUGUUUGGGAGAAAGACUUUGUGUCGGGCUGGGCUGUUUGGAACAGGACUCACUGAUUUCUGCCAGCCGUGUGCACCUGGCUCCUACAACAAUCAGUCAGGAUCAGCCGGGUGUGAGUGCUGUCCGGCAGGGUUCUACAGCACCAGCGGCAAGACCGAGUGUGAACCCUGCCAUCCCUUCACGUGGUCACGGGGGGACUGCACGCCGUGUGUGGGCUGUAAUCCUGGAGAAUGUGAGUUACGAAUUUAUGGCAACAGAUCCUAA